GUGAGUUCGUUCUCUAGACGGUCGGAAGGUUACAAGACAGUUCCCUAUCAGCUACUUUGCUGUUAGUCUGUGGCGUAAUAUUCCGGUCGGCCCUACGAUCGUAGCUUCAAUUUACUGCUUAGACUUCUUGCCAUUAAAUAUUGUUAACCGUAUCUAUCGGAUUCAGAUUCUCAUUUUUUAGCGAGCACGGGACCUCCAGUUUGACGCACGAUAAUAGGUCAUAUGCUUUAAGUUGUAAAUAAUACAGAUGCCUCUCAAAUGAGUGGACAUUGUCAUCAUGGCUAGUGUGAUCAUGGUUGUUUUUUUCUCUCUCAGGUCUCCAGAGGUUAUGUUGGGUCUACCGUAUACCGAGGCCACGGAUAUGUGGUCUGUGGGCUGCGUCGCUGCGUUCCUCUACCUCGGAUGCCUCCUCUACCCCGGCAGGAGUGAAUAUGACAUGAUGAGGUACAUAGUGGAGACUCAGGGUCAUCCACCAAACACCCUGCUCACCCUGGGACUGAAAACUGGCUGUUUUUUCCAACGCAACUCCAAGAACAGUUUCUGGAAACUCAAGACACCAGAACAGUUCUAUCGUGAGACUGGGAUUUGGCCGUUGGAGACCAGGUCCAACAAAUUCUGCUCGCUGUAUCAUCUCUUGCCUAUCCAGCCCAUCAGGAGUGAAAAGUCUGUUGAUAUAGUUUCAGAAUCGACUGGCAGGCUUUACUUUGGGGACAUCCUCAGUCGGAUGCUUGAGCUUGAUGCUGCUAAGAGACUUACACCCCGUCAGGUGCUCCAGCAUCCAUUCACCAGCAUGCACCACAUGUCCAGAAGAUACCAUGUCAGCUCCUAUGUACGGUCCUGUUUUGAGACUGUGUACCAGAACCGGACUACUGACAGUGGGAUAGCUGUGGGUGGGUCUCUGCAGCGGUCAUCCUCAUCCGCCCAUCGCGUCCAGCAGAACCUUCCUUCUGCUUCUGCUGAGAGAGGCGCCUGUUAA